GCAGUACAUCAUACAUAUCAAUAUUGAUAUUGUUGUAGAGCAUUUUGAAGUAGUUUGCUGAUAUACAAUGCUUUUAGAGGUCUUCGUAGUAAACCGUAAAGGUCAUAUUGUAUUCAAAGAAUCAGGUAUUUACAAUAAAGAUGUGAAUCCUCAACACUACAGGCAAUUUCACAACAUUAUCUGCAGUAGUACAGAUGCACUUCCCUAUUUCCAGCAUGGAUCCACCCACUUCUACCACGUGCAGAGUGACGGUCUGCGGUGGGGCGCGGCGGCCGGCCGGCGCCUGGCGCCGCUGCAGGUCCUCUGCUGGCUGACGGCGUUCAGAGACGUGGUGGCCGCCAUUUGCGGGGCGGCCUCCGAGUCGGCGCUGCGGGCCAACCAUCUGACGCUCCGACAGCUGGCCACGGAGAUCGUGGAGGACGGCCAGAUGAUGGCACUGGACGCCGGCCGGCUGCGCGCGCUCCUCCUCAGCCGGCCCUGCGUGGCCGCCCCCGCCCAGCUCGGCUCACCCGCCGCCCCCGCCGCCGCCCCCGGCCCGGGCGGCGAGGCGCAGCAGCACGUCUACGUGGAUGUCGUCGAGUCGAUCGACUGUGUGAUGACGUCAGACGGCGAGGUGCAGCAGUGUGAGGUCACCGGUCGACUCGAGGUGCGCACGGAGGGCACUGCCUGCUCGCGGGUGGACGUCUCCCUGGCGGAGGAUGUCCGACUUUUGGAGCCGGACGCAGCUGCGGAGGCGCACCUGGGUCCUCAGGUGCACGUGUCCCGCCUGCACCCGUCCGGCUCUCGGCAGUCGCGCUGGCUGAGCGGCCCGCCCGGCCGGCUGACCCUGCUCGAGUACCGGAGCGCCGCCGGACUCUCCGGCCCUCCCCUCCCCAUCUCCGUCCGAGCCACGGCGCUCGGCCUGCCCGGCUCGACAGAUAUCGAGGUGACGCUGCGCGUACGGCUGCUGGCGGCGGGGGAGCUCCGCGCUCCGUCUGUAGGCGUUCAGUUCCGCCCGCCGGCGGGCACCAGCGCCGUCAGCGCCACCUGUGCCGGUCCCGGCGGCGGAGCUGUGAAGUUUGACCGCCAGGCGGCGCUGGUGACGUGGACCGUACGGGAGAUGGGAGGGCAGCAGGAGGCUAGCGCGGUGCUCAGGCUGGCGGAGGCGGACGUGGCGGGCUCUCUGGACUCUGUCGGCCCGUUCCAGCUCAGCUGGGAGAUCUCCGACCUGACCGUCACUGGUCUGCGGGUGUCCGGGGUGCAGCUGGCAGGGGUGCCCGACGGCUGCACCCGCCGCUGGGUGCGCCAUGCCGCCGUCUCGGCUACCCACACGGUCCAGCCGGCGGCGCUGGCCGCGGCGGAAAGCGAUAGGUGAUUGUAUGAGGGGGAUGUGAAUCCUGGGGGUAUACUCAUGCCUACGACCUGUACCUGUGUUAUAAAUGAUGUCUAGAUGAGAAGAAGGAAAGUGAACUAGAAAUGAAAUGUAUUUACUUCUUGCUCGUUCCCAGUACCUUAUAAAUGCAUGAGCGGGGGUCUGUGUGUUGUAACUUGUAAAUUUGUGAAGAGAGAAUCGUGAAAUUGUUAAAAUUUCUAUCAGCAUUUUACGAGUUUCCCAUUAAAUUGUGCAACUAUGCUGAGAAGCGCAGUAUUCCCAGUCAGCUUCAGUUUGUAAUUGAAUACAGUGCUUAAUCGUCUUA